AUGCUCGCCGAGUCGCGGUUUGUAGAUCUGCUGGCCCAGGUCCUGCCGCCGCUUGAGUUCAAAUUGUAUCAUUUAAAGACGCAUUUAAAAAAAUGCAGAAAGCUCGUUUUCACGAGCAAAAGUGACAAGUCGGUGGACGCGUACGCAACGCAUUUUUUCGUGUUGUCGCUCGAUGGAAUCGACCUGCUGGGCCUCGAGGUGUAUAUAUAUGAAUCGCGCGAGUAUACAACAAUGUUUGUAUCAAAAGCCGAUACAACUGGACAUUAUCCAAGUGAUAAGCCUCCUACACAAAUGGGUAAAGUGGUCCAGCAACUGCUCAGAGGGCUUAUUCGGUAUUAUCUCCCAUUGGACAAACCAGUACGCGUUUGUUUGUUUGCAAAAGCCGAAAGGCAAUAUUUAUUUUUGGGAUCUGCAAAGAAUCCAUUGAAACACGUCCUGUCGGAUGCUCAACUGGUAAAAUGGUGGGCAAGCUGUCUUGAUGGUUUGAAAUCUGAAUUCAGCAGUAUAAAAAAGUGUGCUUUGCAAAUCCCCGGUGCUUCUGAAGCAGCCGUAAAAUCAUAUUUACCGUCAAAUCCCCAGUUACCAUGGACGGUGGGUGACAUUUUUUGGGAAGGAGCGCCGGAUGAUCCAACAAUUGCUGUGAAACGAAUUCCUCGGUUCCCUGAUGAUCCAAAGCUUAGAUUCCUCGAGUUCCUUGUGGCUGAAAAAAGAGUGAAGAAGGUCUCUAGAGCACAGUUCUGGAUAGAACUUCAAAGUAGACAAGAGUUCAGAUUGGGCACAACGGUUGGAAUUUUCGGAUUGGAGGGAACUGUCGACAAACAUGAAUCACUCGAGGGAAACCAUUCAAUCACACAGAAGGAAGCAAGGUUACUGAGAGAAGUAACUCUAGAGGGCGACUACUCGACAAAGUCGUCCGCCGAAUACUCAUCAAACGAGUUUGCAUCCCGGGUUCCCUCUUAUGCUGAAAUUGACGUCAAGGGAACCCUGACUACUCCUGUAGUAAAACGAACUGUCGAAACGCCUCAAGUGAAUGUUCUCAGCGCAGGGCUUGUGCGCAAAAAGCAAAAAACUCAACGUUGA